UCGCUUCAAACUUCGGAAUCGAGGUUCAGUCUUCACUCUUUACGCGUCUCGUUCACUCGCGUGAAAUUACGCAGCGCAAGUGCGGACGCGUUACAUCAUCAGCGCACCUUGACACAGGUAACACCGGUCACCCGGAAGAACAUUGACUAUCACACGAGUCGCUUGAGUUUCAAUCUGGCCCAGAAGAGCAGAGCACAGCACAGCAGAUCACAAUCAUGUCAGAGCUGAGGAAGAACAAGUUGUUUAUGGUGCUGAUGGAUGUCGUGUGUGUGCUCGUGGUGGCGAUGCCAUUCAUCAUAAUGACCAUCAUAUACCGGCCGUACCAGCGUGGCGUUUACUGCGAUGACGAGUCCAUCCACUACCCCUACAGAUCAGACACCAUCUCUCACAAAAUGAUGGCAGCUGUUACCAUUUCCUGCUCCAUCAUUAUCAUCACUUCUGGAGAGGCCUACCUGGUCUACACCAAACGUCUCUACUCCAAUUCGAACUUUAACCAGUACGCUGCGGCGCUCUAUAAAGUGGUGGGGACCUUUCUGUUUGGCGCGUGUGUGAGCCAGUCUCUGACCGAUAUGGCCAAGUACACCAUCGGACGCUUGAGGCCCAACUUUAUCGCAGUGUGUGCUCCAAAAGUGUGCACGGGCUACAUGCUAGAGCUCAACUGCACGGGAAACGCUCGCAACGUGACUGAAUCCAGGCUGUCGUUCUACUCCGGUCACUCCUCCUUCGGGAUGUACUGCAUGUUGUUUCUGGCGCUGUAUGUCCAGGCACGUAUGGCAUCCAAGUGGGCCCGCCUCCUCCGGCCCACAAUACAGUUCUUCCUGGUGGCCUUUGCCAUUUAUGUGGGAUACACGCGUGUGUCUGACUACAAGCACCACUGGAGCGACGUGGUGGUGGGUCUCCUGCAAGGGGCACUGGUCGCGGUCCUCACGGUGCGAUACAUCUCUGACUUCUUCAAAGAGCGCCCCCCUCUCUGUCCAGAUGUUGAAAAUGCUGAAAACGAAGACAGCGAACGCAAGCCCAGCCUUCAGAUUGCAGACACGGACAGAAACCAUUACUCCAACAGCAGGCCUGUAUGAGCCUGACCUUUGACCUGUGACAGCACUGGAUGCUGCAGCACGUCUCCUACAGACAACCACACACUGUACACUGGCACUGACUCCGCUCUCGUCCACAAUUUCACACCGAGAGAGAGAGAGAGUGUGCGAAUGAAUGCAUGAACUAACACUGAAUAUUAGAUUUUAUACUUCUCUACAGAACGUCUUUAUACCCGUCUUUUGUCCUAUGCACGCUCAUAUACGCCAAGUGCACAGAUCGCCUGACAUCUAAUGAAUUGUGAAGGACUUCACAAAGACAAACUUCUCUGAGGGGAACUGGUCUUUUCCAUGACAACCUCAAAACCACCGGUUGACAUUUACUGACUCGCAGUACUUCUGCUGUUGGAAGCGAAAGAUAGUGAACUAUUCUAAGCCUUUAGAAGACAAGAACUGAUGUUGCCCUGAGUAAGAAAUCCAGGAAGAGAAGUCUGAACAUGGAACAGGUGCCAAAAAAAGGUUUUUCUCACAUUGGC